AUGGUGGCAGUGAUCGUCAGUAGGUUAAAGAGGCCAAUGGAUCUGCGAACUAUCCUGGAAGCUGUGUCCAACCUGCUUCUCAUUGCAGUGGGGAUCCCAGGAAACCUCAUAGUCCUGCUGGUGUUUGGCUACAUCGGUUGCACGGAGCGCAAACUGCUGCCAGCCGACAGCAUCGUUUUCAUGAUGAUGUUUGUGCACCUGCUGAUAAUCCUCAACCGAGGAAUCCCACAAACCCUCUUUACACUGAACUACAGGGGAUUCUACGAUUCCUCAACCUGCAAGUUUCUCAUUUACAUCUUCAGAAUGACCAGGGCUAUGUCCCUGUCCCUUACCUUCCUCCUCAGCGCUUACCAGAGCGUCUUGAUCGCGCCAGCCACCUCCUGGCUCUCGUACCUAAAGCCAAAGCUCCCCACGCUCCUGCUGCCAUCCUUUCUCUUCUUGUGGCUACUGAAUGGGGUGACGUGCAUCCACAGCAUCCUGUACACAUCUCAGAUCCAGAACUUCACCACCUUCAAAUUCACUCUCAAUCUGAGCUACUGUAUUGUAGAGUAUCCUAGCGAAGCGUCCUACUUCGGGACCGGCACCAUGACCCUCUUCAGAGAUCUCUUCUUCGUGUUUUUUAUGGUGGCCGCCAGCUCGUACAUUUUGUUUGUUCUCUAUCGACACCGCCAGCAGGUAAAGGGCAUCCGGAGCUCCGAGCAGAACCAGCACACGCCAGAAAUGCGGGCGGCCAAAAUUGUGGUCACUUUCGUCACCCUCUUUGUGGUUUUCUUCGGAAUCGACAACAUCACCUGGAUCUACACCCUGUCUGCGCACAAGGUCCCUGCCGAUAUUAACAACGUGAGGGUUUUCUUCUCCUCACUCUACGCCUCUGUCGCUCCCAUAGUCGUGAUCGCUUCAAACAAGAAAGUCAACAGCAAGCUGCAGUGCACUAAGACGGUUAAGGUUUCUCAAUCCAAGACAACUAUUGUUUCCAUUGCUUAG